CACUCUCACGGGCACACAAAUCAACAUUUCUGCACCCUUAUAAUCUCACCUAUUCUUCAUCAAGGCCAAUCCCCCAAGUCUCCUUCGCGAAAUAUCAAACCUGUGAGAAACAAAUAUGAAAUCCUGGUUAGUCCUGGCUUUGAUGUUGUUGAUUGGCGCUGCAAGCAGUGGCCUACUAGUCGACGCUCAAUCGAUAUGCAAUGUCUCCGUGGACAGUCUAGUGGCAUGCAAACCAGCUGUAACUCAGCCACACCCCACAGCACCUUCAAAGCCAUGCUGCACUGCCAUAUCGCAUGCUGAUAUGAAAUGCUUGUGUUCCUACAAGAACUCCACCAUGUUGCCUGCUCUCGGGAUCGACCCGGAACUUGCUGUGCAGCUUCCAGCCAAGUGCCGGAUUCGUAACGCCCCAAAGUGCUAGAAUUCACUAGUGAAAUUUGAAUGCGAUUAGCUGCUUCUGCUUCUACUAGAUUAUGUCUCCACUUUCCUCGUCAAUUUAGUAUUAAUAACAAGUUUAUUUGUUUUAA